UCUACCUUCCCCAUUUCAAAUUGAAAUAGCCGCUAUCAAUCUCGCUCUCUCUCACCGCCGAUUCGCCAACAUCUAACCAAUUUUCCUCACAAUCGGAUACAUGCUUCGGGUCUUCUUUUGUGUUGCCGAGGGAAUUUUGUUGUAAAACAAGAUUUUUUUUUGUUUGGAUUGCAGCAGGCUGAAGAAUAAUUCUCUCACUCUAGGGCGAUUUGGAGGUGGGGAAGCUUAGGGGUUUUGGUAAACUGUGAGAGCGCAGAUGGAGAACUCCGAAUCGUCGCAGAGUGUGAGGGUUGCGGUCAAUGUCAGACCGCUCGUCACCGCCGAGCUUGUUGUAGGCUGCACUGACUGCGUGACUGUUUAUCCGGAGCAGAAACAGGUUCAAAUCGGAUCCCAUGCUUUCACAUUUGACAACGUAUUUGGUAGUAGGGGAUGUCCGAGUUCAACAAUAUUUGAUGAAUGUGUUGCUCCGCUUGUUGAUGCCUUAUUUCAUGGAUAUAAUGGAACGGUACUUGCCUAUGGCCAGACCGGCUCGGGGAAGACUUAUACUAUGGGCACAAAUUAUAACGGUGAAGAGCAUGGAGAUGCCAUCCUUCCUAAAGUGAUGGAUACCAUUUUCACAAAAGUCGAAUCUAUGACAGAGUCUACCGAGUUUUUGAUUAGAGUAUCCUUUAUUGAGGUUUUCAAGGAAGACGUGUUUGAUUUGCUAGAUCCAAAAGCUACAGGCCCUUCAAGAGUUCCCAUUCAGAUUAGAGAAAAGGUGAGCGGAGGAAUUACAUUGGCUGGGGUCACGGAGUCAGAGGUGAGGACAAAGGAAGAGAUGGCUUCAUAUCUCCUCCAGGGUUCGCUAUCUCGGGCCACAGGGAGCACAAAGAUGAAUAGCCAAUCAAGCCGUUCACAUGCCAUCUUCACAAUCUCAAUGGAACAAAGAAGAAUAAGUAAUUCUUCUGAUAGAGAUGAUGUUGGUGAUGAUGUUUUGACAGCGAAGCUUCACUUGGUAGAUUUAGCAGGUUCUGAGCGUGCUAAACGAACAGGUGCCGACGGAUCACGUUUGCAGGAAGGUAUACACAUUAACAAAGGACUAUUGGCUCUUGGAAAUGUCAUAAGUGCUCUAGGAGAUGACAAAAAACGCAAAGAAGGAGGUCAUGUUCCUUAUCGUGAUAGCAAGUUAACACGCAUACUACAGGAUUCACUGGGAGGCAAUUGCAAAACGAUUAUGAUUGCAUGUGUAAGCCCUGCUGACACAAAUGCUGAGGAGACGCUUAAUACAUUGAAGUAUGCCAACCGUGCAAGGAAUAUUCAGAAUAAGGCAAUUAUCAACCGUGAUCCCGCGACAGCUGAGUUGCAAAGAUUGCGAAGUCAAAUUGAACAACUCCAGUCAGAGUUACUUUAUGUUCGCGGAGACUCAAAUGCACCCACUGAAGAACUUAAAAUUCUUAAGCAUAAAGUAUCCUUACUUGAAGCUAGUAAAACUGAGUUACAGGAGGCACUUCAGGAAUGUCGAAUCAGUCAUGAGCAUCUGAAGCAACGAGCUAUUGAUGCUCAGGUGGAAAAGGAUAGACUGGUUAUGCUAGUAGAAUCUAUUCGAAAUGGAAAUCCUAUUGAUGAGAUUAAUGACAAAUCUGAUAAGGAUUUUGAUUUGGUGAAAAGUUAUGUCACUAAGAUUCAAAAACUAGAAUGUGAACUAGUAAGAUUACAGAGUUCAAGCCACUUAAGGCAUGGAAAUUCUGAUGAUUUUCUUUAUUCGGAAGACGAUGGAACUCACUCAAGAAAUUUGUUAAUGGAUGUUGAUAUCAGAUCUGAAGAAACUGAUGUUGUGGUGGAAGAUGUGGAAAAAGAGCUUGAACAUUCUUCUAUUCAGGAGCAACUGGAUAGAGAACUGCAAGAAUUGGACAAAAAACUUGAGCAGAAGGAGGCUGAAAUGAAGCGUUUUGCAAGUGGUGAUACAUCAGUCCUUAAACAGCAUUAUGAGAAGAAAGUACACGAACUACAAAAUGAGAUAUUGACUCAACAGAAAGAGAUCGAAGAACUUAGGCUCAAGAGUGAAAAUAUCCCUUCCAAUUCUGAUAGUAGUGCUCAAAAGUUGAAGGAGGAGUAUCUUCAGAAAUUGAAUGUUCUUGAGAAACAGGUGGCUGAGUUGAAGAAAAAACAGGAUGCUCAAAAUCAAUUGCUGAGACAAAAACAAAAGAGUGAUGAAGCUGCUAAAAAACUAAAUGAUGAGAUACAGAGGAUAAAGACUCAUAAGGUCCAACUGCAACAUAAGAUCAAGCAAGAAUCUGAGCAAUUCAGACAGUGGAAAGCAUCAAGGGAAAAGGAAGUGCUUCAGCUAAAAAAGGAAGGAAGAAGGAAUGAAUAUGAGAUGCAUAAGCUAUUGGCACUAAACCAGAGGCAAAAGCUGGUUUUGCAAAGAAAAACUGAAGAGGCUGCAAAUGCUACAAAGCGUCUUAAAGAGUUGCUAGAUUCUCGGAAAGCUCCAUCACGUGAAACAUCUGGUGUAGGAAGUAACAAAGGUCCUGGAAUCCCGGUAUUAGUGCAGACUAUUGAACAUGAACUUGAGGUAACUAUUGGAGUGCAUGAGGUGCGGUCAGAGUAUGAGCGGCAAAUGAAAGAGAGGGCUAGAAUGGCUGAAGAGCUUGCAAGGCUGAAAGAAGAAGCAUUGAUUGAGAAGCAGCAGAACUUCAGUGAGUUCCCAGAAGCAAUGUCUCCUGGUGCUAGAAACUCCAGAAUUUUUGCCCUUGAGAAUAUGCUUGCUACCUCUUCAAGCACCCUUGUUUCCAUGGCAUCUCAACUAUCAGAAGCUGAGGAGCGUGAACGGGCAUUUAGUGGCAGAGGAAGGUGGAACCAAGUUCGGUCUCUUGCUGAAGCAAAGAAUGUUAUGAACUUCCUUUUUAACUUGGCAUCAUCCUCUAGAUGCCAGCUAAGAGAUAGAGAAGUUGACUGCAGAGAAAAAGACUCUGAAAUUAGAGACCUGAAGGAAAAAGUUGUUAAUUUGGUAAGACAAAUAGAGCUAAAGAAGGCAGAAUUCAGUCGUCGGGAAAAUUUAAUGAUGUUGUCAUUGGAGAGACUAUCAAAUCGAAACGGAGGCCCUGAGAAUAUGACGAGUGAUAAUGACAAACAUGUUUAUGACUUGCGGCCUAAGGGGACUGGAAGCUCCACAGUUCUCAGUAGUGGAGCAUAUGAUUUGGAGCUUCUAGAAGAUAUGGAUACAUCAGAUGACGAACAACCAAAUCUAGAUGAUGAUGAGGAUGGCGAGUGGAGCCAAACAAGAGAAAGGAAAAGACGCCAAUCGAAAAGAAGAACUUCCAAAGUGGUUGAUUUAGGGGUAUGUUGUACUUGCAGCAAAUAUUCUUCCUGCAAAACCUCGAGAUGUGAAUGCCGUGCUGCGAACGGAAGUUGUAGUUCGUCGUGCAGCUGUGGGACCAAUAAAUGCAGCAAUAGGGAAGCAAAUACGAAAGACAUGCUGGAUCUGUCUGAAAAUAUGUCACUGCAUGAGGAAGCAGAGAUGAGUCAUGAUCUUGCUGCUCAUGGUGCAAUGCUGCUUGGAUCUGCUCUUUCUGGAAAGCCUGCCAACCAAAACACUGAUGGUACCGUGCGGAAGCCAUUAUCUGACAUUGGAAAUAACCUUGGAUUAUCUAGUAUUCCAAAGCCAGCUCUUAGGAAGAAAUGGCACAAGUCAGCCAUCCAGCUUGUGCCGGCUACUCCACCUGUAUCUCAUUCUCAGAACGGAGACGGCCCUGAACAACCGAAAGCUAGUGGAGAAAAUGACAUUCCGUUAAAACUACCAAGAGCAAUGCGCUCUACAUUGACAAACAACAAUCAGCUGAAACAGAGGAAUGUAGAGCAGUCGAGCGAGUUGGUUGAAACUGAUAUCUGCACAUCGUCAUCUCUCGGAAGUCCUCGACAAGCAAAUGCAAGAAAUGGGAAAGAAAACAAGGGAACGUAAGCCUCUUGAUGCGUAUGUACAUGUUGCUUCCGCCAGUUCUAUUCUAGUCUCCUUUGCUAUCCUUUAGAAGAUAAUUAUUGAGGAAAUGUAAGAGUGCAAAAGCUUGCGUUUGCCCACUAAACAUUGUGUAACAACGAAAAGUUUGGAUUGAUUUGCCCUGAAAUUUGACUGAUAAUUUUUACGAUCUCAAAUUUAUUCACUUUA